AUGAGAGAGCGAAUAGAUUUGCUCCAAGACCGGGGAAUAGCCCGAGAAGGUAUUGAGGUAGCCUUGAAUAAUGGUGUUGUCGUAGGUCGUAGUGGCGGCAUGUGGUCCUUAUUGCAGCAAGGUGAGAGCUGUGAAGUCGUGGGGUUGUGCAUUGGCUGCGGUAGCUGCGUCUUGCGGCUGCUAUUGUCUUACACCAGCCGGAUGAAGCGGCAGAGCAACGGUAGCUCUACAACAGCUGUUGGUGACUGUGAAGCUCCAACUGUGCAGUUUGGUGGCUAUGCAGCGGCUGCUGGCAGGGCAGCUACGUUGCAUUGGCAGCCAUAG